CUUACACAACCUGCAGAGGCGCUAGUGAGCCUCCCACACACACAUACACACACACUGCUCUGAUAAAGAUGUGAAAAUGGCGGAGUUACAAAUGCUACUGGAAGAAGAGAUUCCAGCAGGACGAAGCGCACUACUAGACAGCUUUACCAAUUUGGAAAGAGUCGCUGAGUACUGCGAGAGCAACUAUGUCCAGUCUCCAGACAAGCAGAGGGCUCUGGAGGAGACCAAGAACUACACUACCCAGUCUCUGGCCAGCGUAGCUUACCUGAUCAACACGCUGGCCAACAAUGUCCUGCAGAUGCUUGACAUCCAGGCGUCGCAGCUCCGCCGCAUGGAGUCCUCCAUCAACCACAUCUCACAGACGGUGGACAUCCACAAAGAGAAGGUGGCUCGACGGGAGAUUGGCAUCCUCACCACUAACAAGAACACAUCUCGCACGCACAAGAUCAUUGCCCCAGCCAAUCCUGAGAGGCCUGUGCGCUACAUCCGUAAACCCAUAGACUACGGCGUGCUUGACGACAUGGGCCAUGGAGUCAAGGCCAGUGCUCAGAACAUGAAGGCCGGAGGAGGAGGCACACUCCCUCACACCAACCCCCCCACACAGAAGCCCCCCAGCCCGCCCAUGUCGGGGAAAGGGACACUUGGGCGCCACUCCCCCUAUCGGACGCUUGAGCCGGUGCGUCCACCCGUUGUCCCUAACGACUACGUCUCAAGCCCGACGCGCAACAUGGCGCACCCCCAGCAGAGCCCUGCACGCACUGCAUCCGUAAAUCAGAGGAACCGCACGUACAGCAGUGGCAGCAGCGGAGGCAGCCACCCCAGCAGCAGUCGCAGCAGCAGCCGAGAGAACAGCGGCAGCGGCAGUGUGGGCGUGCCUAUUGCUGUGCCAACCCCAGCACCGCCCACUGCCUUCCCAGGUGCUGCUCAAUUUUACAGUAUGAAUCGACCUGCGCAGCCGCCCCAGAACCAGCAGGUGGGAGGUUCGCUGCCGUACCGCAGACCCUCGUCCGUCACCAGUCAGCCCAACGUGGCCCUCAACCAGACUCAGCUCAACGGGGGACCACACUUUGCCCAAAACCAAGCCGGCCCGCUCGCGCCCCCUCCCCCCUCCAUGCAGAUCACCCCUCAGCUGCCUCUGAUGGGCUUUGUGGCCCGAGUUCAGGAGACUAUCUCAGACGUGCCGCCGCCCCCUCCACCCGCAGAGGAGCCGGUGUUUGAAGAGCCCACACCCCCUCCCCCACCACCAGAGGACUAUGAAGACGAUGAAGAUGAAGAAGAGUCGGCAGUGGUGGAAUACAGUGAUCCGUACGCCGAGGAAGACCCACCUUGGGCCCCGCGCAACUACCUUGAGAAAGUGGUGGCGAUCUACGACUACUCCCGGGACAAGGAGGACGAGCUUUCUUUCCAGGAGGGCGCCAUCAUCUACGUCAUCAAGAAGAACGACGACGGCUGGUAUGAGGGUGUGAUGAAUGGGACCACGGGCCUGUUCCCCGGCAACUAUGUUGAGUCCAUCAUGCACUAUGCCGACUGAGCAAUCCCGCACAUCAGAGCUGUUGGAUGGGGAAGGGAAAACAGGGGAGGGAGGGAAGCCAAGGGUUGAAGGUCAAAGACUUUGAUCAGACAGAGCAUGAUCACCUUCGGGCGGAGAAAGAAAAAGAGACAGGGGGAAGAAGGAAAGUUAUUGAAGAAGUUGCAACAUGACAAACUGAAGCCCGGUCACUCUCGCGACAUAGGCGCCAUUGUAAAACAACCACUACUCUAGAUAUAUCCUUCCCUGUAAUAUUUCUUUCUUUGAUUCCUUAUUUGACUGACCGGACCAGACGGUGAUGGAUUUAUUGUAUUUUCAGAGUUUUGUGUUACAUUGAGAGGUCACUACAUUGAUUUAAUGCUUCAAUUUUUCUCUUGUUUUACCAAUUUGCCCUUAUUUUAAGGUAUAUUUAUUUAGUUUUGUAGUGGAAGAAGUGGUGAGGUGGGAGUUUGGGCUGCUGAGUCGGGAUUUCCGCGUCGCAGCUUCAGAGAAAGGGCUGGAGGAGAAUGCCCUCAAUGUGUAGAUUUUCUCCAAAACACUCCAGAGACAUUUUAGAGAAUUAACUCCUCUCUAUAUAUACAGUAUAAUGCAACAACAAUAUCCUCGGUGAAGGGGGCAAACAGUAGUUUCCGUACUUGACAAAAUAUUUGGUAGGUACCUCAGCAGGGAGCGUGCCAAAGUUCACAUUCACUUAGAUUUUAAAAAAAGCACAUCAAAUGUCUUAAGGUGAUACACGAAAGGGCAUAAAAGUAGAACAGAGAGUGCUUUAAAGACAGGUUCUUGAACCUUUUUCGUAUUUAAGUUAAAUAUUUUGCACCAUGUUAGCCCAAAGGAGCAAAUUUAGUCUUGUGUGCAUAUUUCCAGAGAAGGAAUCGUCAUCCAGCCCUCAAAUAAAAGAGGAAAGUGAGAUCCUCAGUUGCACAAUAACCUGGAUUUUGAAGUCUGCAGCUCCUCUCAUGAAGUGUAUUAGCUCCAGUGCUAAUCAUUUGCAGUGUUUGUAUGCAUUUGAGACAAUUUUUUAUUUCUGCUGUUUCACCAACGGGUCCAGAAUGGAGUUUUUGCUUGCAGAGCGGCAUGUUUGGAAGAGGAAAAAAUAUUCUUUUCUGCUCUACUGAUGAUUAAUGUCUUAAUAUUUUUAGAUAUGGUGUGGUUUGGUUUUUGAUAUUCACCCAUAACAACGACCACGACGAUGCAUUUAGGUCAUUUCUAAGACGCUUGUGCCAUAUUGAAGUGCGUAUUGAUGUUCAGAGGUUCUCACUUCAUUUGCAAUAAAUCGGCCAGAGUGGGGUGGAGUUUCAUUGAACUACAAAAACUUUUCCUUUUCAAGUUAAUCCCAGAGUUGUUUUAAAUCAAAAGCACAUACAUUUGUAGUAAAAAAAAAAAAGGUGUAGAAGAAGAAAUAAUAUAAAUGUGAGAUGUAUUACGUCCUAAAACAGGACUUAUUGAAUAUGAAAAAGAAGCCAGCUGUUGUGUUGAAAUGGUUUAACCGUCGCAAGCCCCCGAUACUUCUCAGCGCCGUCGGUUUAGGCGUUGUUUGUCCUCCGUAAAGUUUCUGAUACGCUUGGCUGUUGGUUGUUUGCGAGGGCUCAGUGCUUGUACUUAUGUCAGAGUUUUUAUUUUCUAUUAAAAAAAAGAAAGAGAAAUAAUAACAAGUGGGUCUGUAUGUGAGUCUUGCAUGCCAUUGUUCUUAUCUGUACUGGUGUCCCAAAAAACCUUAUGUGGCCAGAUCACCCAUCCUUAAAAGACAAGCAGCCCCUGCAGCUCUGACCAGGAACCACCAGCCUCAUCCAAAGAGACUGUAACUCAAGCCCACGUCCGAGGAGCUGCAUUCUGACCUGAGGGGGAGGAAGGAGGGGAGGGACCCAGCUUCCUCCCCCCUCUGACUGUAGCCGCCGUUACGUCCGUGGUGAAAAACCCCAUGUGAAAGCUGCUAGUGAAUCCUGCGGACAAAGAAAUCUCCCUGAGGUGAUAAAUGUUACACUCCAGACUGAAGCUUGUUUCAUAACACUCAUAAGAUGACACUUUAAAAAAAUACAAAACAAAGCCCUCUGUCUGCAGGAUUCACAGCUCCCUGGAGUCACAGACAUCCUCUGGGAUGUCAAGUUUAACACUCCAUAAUGCCAUUGUGUUGCACAGUUAAAGUUGAAUUGCAGAAGUAUCAUAUUUGUAAAAUCAUGAGAACAAAGACAAUAAAAUUAUUGAGAUUUA